UUGCCAGACUUAAAAGACACACACACAAAAAAAAGAUACUGUUGAGAAAGAAAAAAAUAAUAAUAAUAACCGAUUCAGCGUUCUUUAAAAGCUGCGGGACUCCCACUUCACAUUGUGUUUUGCUUCCCGCAGAGGAGGUUAGAAUGAGCAGCUCUGAGGAAGUGUCGUGGAUCUCUUGGUUCUGUGGACUGCGAGGAAAUGAGUUCUUUUGUGAAGUGGAUGAAGACUACAUUCAAGAUAAGUUCAAUCUGACCGGGCUGAACGAGCAGGUGCCACACUACCGGCAAGCGCUGGACAUGAUUCUAGACCUGGAGCCUGAUGAGGAGCUGGAAGAUAACCCCAACCAGAGUGACCUGAUCGAGCAGGCUGCAGAGAUGCUGUAUGGACUGAUUCACGCACGUUACAUUCUCACUAACCGUGGCAUCGCGCAGAUGCUGGAGAAGUACCAGCAGGGUGAUUUUGGGUACUGCCCCAGAGUGUACUGUGAGAACCAGCCGAUGCUCCCUAUCGGGCUGUCCGAUAUCCCGGGUGAGGCCAUGGUCAAGUUGUACUGUCCCAAGUGCAUGGACGUGUACACCCCCAAAUCCUCGAGGCACCACCACACUGACGGAGCCUACUUCGGGACGGGGUUCCCCCACAUGCUGUUCAUGGUGCACCCCGAAUACCGCCCCAAGAGGCCCGCCAACCAGUUCGUACCCAGGCUGUACGGGUUCAAGAUCCACCCUAUGGCUUAUCAGCUCCAACUGCAGGCAGCCAGCAGCUUCAAGAGCCCCGUGAAAGCCAUUCGCUAGAGCUGCAGCGCCCCCUAGCAGCCCCCCGAGCACAGUGAACCAUCAGACUGACGCACACAGAGACGCUGGCUCCUCAAACAAUUGACAGAGCAGUCUGACUUUUCCACUCAACCUGGGGUGGGGGCACUGACAUUCUGGGGUCAUUUCAACCAGAUUCCUCUUUCCGUUUGUCAUUCAUAAAAAACAAAAAGUUAAACAGACUGUUAUUUUAGAGGCUUUGUCAUUGUGACACGUUCUACAAUAUUCAUUAGAAUGUCGUCCCCAAGCGAAGGGUAAUUCUAUCUAACUUGUAUCCUAGCCUUGUGUGCGUGUGAAACCUGUGUUCAGGGUGUAGUUACACUUCAUUUGUACUGUAGUCAAAGGGUACACAGUAAGGACAUCAUUGGUUGUUUAGGGUCUCUCUCGCCCUCCCUCUCGCUUCUAUUCAAGAUAAUCUAUUCCGGUGACAGCAAUUAGUUGACUCGAGACAAGUUUUACUUCCUGAAGCCAUUUCUGUAGGUAUAACAGGUCUCAGAGUAAUAAUACUGCAGUAUUGUUAUUUAUUAAUUUAGCAGAUGUCUUUUGUUUUCCAAAGAGAGCAAGGUGUGCAUCACAAAUGCUGCUGCUGAGCCACUUGCAAUAGGACCUUGAUUUUACGUCUCAACCCGAGGACGCCGUAGUGUGCAAGACUAGUUUUUAGAUAAACAAAUAUUUAGUGCCCCCCAAAUAAAGACAGAAAAACAGCCCACUGAAGGCAGUGCACCAAAAUGCAGUUUAACACCCCAAGAAGCAAACCUCUCCCCUUCAUUUAAGCACUGUGCACCUGAACUGGUUGAUACCACAGAAACAUUAAAGGGGCACACGCUGCACCCUUUUUUUAAAAUUUCAACCAAAUUUAACCUGCAUCCAUCGAAACCUGCAUUCUUUUCACGGUCCUGACCCUGCAUGCUGACGAAAGAAACAGAAAAUGUUUUGUAUGUUUUAUUUUUCUUUCGGGGUGGUGGAGACUGUUUGUUUUAGUUUCUGUUUCUGCGCUACGCAAGUUGUGUCUUGGCAUUUGGCCUGUUUUCACAAACUCGACCUCCUUUUUAAAAUAAAUUCAAACAGUAACCUGUGCCCACGACCCACAAAACAGAAACUUGGAUCGUUCAUUUUGUUUCUGUGUGAUUCUACUUUCCGUUCUAGUUUAAGAUUGUAUCUGUCGUUUUUCUUUUUUAAAUAAAGAACGUUAAUUCUA